GUUGUUUUGUUGGAUACAACGCAGGAAAGCUCACUCGACUGGACGCGUCUUCCGUAUGGACCACAGUCACGAACACCAGGGUGGGUCGAAGAGAGCUUCACCAACUUUGAGCAAGGCAUCAACUGGAGAUCGUACGUCGUUUGCGAUGUCGCCUACAAUAAUGUCAACAACUGGCUGUGGACGCCUUUCAUUGAAAGGCACAAUGCCAAUCGCAUCUACAUCGAGAUCAAGUUCAGCAUGAGGGACUGCAAUCUCUUUCCAGGCAUGGCCUUGUCGUGCAAGGAAACCUUCUCGCUGCUGUACUACGAACACGACGGUCUGCACAAGGACCCCCCGCCAUGGGAGCCCGACUCCUACAAGCUCAUCGACCGUAUUGCUGCUGACGAAGGCCGCUUCACGUCCAACAGUGAGGUGAUCAUCAACACUGAAGUGCGCAGCGUUCCAGUGACGAAAAAGGGCAUCUACUUUGCCUUCCGGGACCAGGGCGCCUGUCUUUCAAUAAUCGCAAUAAAGAUCUUCUACAUCACCUGUCCAAACAUUACCAGCAGCUUUGCGUUCUACCCGGAGACGCCAACCGGAAAGGAGCUGACAACCAUCGUCGAAACCGACGGCAUCUGCGUGGCAAACGCCCAGCAAGUGGAGCUGCCAAAGCUAGUCUGCAAGGGCGACGGCAACUGGACAUUGCCAUCGGGUGGAUGCAAGUGCAUGCCCGGCUAUGAACCAGUUGCCCAAACCUGUCAAGUUUGCUCGCCUGGCACAUUCAAGCCUGUGGUGGGCGAUGAACUCUGCCGGUCCUGUCCUGCUCACAGCAAGUCCUCCUACCGUGGUGCUACCGAGUGUCGUUGUGAUGCCGGCUACUACCGAGCGCCAAAGGAUCCCAAAGGAAUGCCCUGCACACAGCCUCCAUCUGCCCCGCAGAAUCUGACCAUCAGUUUCGUCGACCACACAACCGUCAUUUUGACAUGGUCACCCCCAAAGUAUCUCGGCGGUCGCAAUGACACCGUCUACAGGGUGGCCUGUGAAGCCUGUUCGGCCAACGUCAACUACGCACCUGCUCAAGAGAACUUUAACGAAACCAAAGUGACCAUCUCCGGUCUGAACGCAGUCACUGCGUACCGCUUGCAAGUGUACGCAGAGAAUGGCGUCACCGGCUACGACACUAGUCAAUUUGUUGAAGUCACCGCCACCACUGAGACAGACCCUAUCGUGAUCACCAAUGAUCCCAACUCACUGUACAAUCUGAUUCCUAAAGACCCUAUCGUGAUCACCAAUGAUCCCAACUCACUGUACAAUCUGAUUCCUAAAGGCGAACCACUUGGACAAAACGUUCUGGAUGGCAAUGAAUCUAUACAGACACGAAUGAUCUACGCCGGAAUCGCAAUGGUAGUCGUGGUGCUUGGCGUCAUCACCACGAUGGUCGUGAUUUACCUUCGAAGAAACAGCGAAGAUUGCAAUAAGAAGCAGCCCUCAGACUGUGAUACGCUAGAGUACCGUAACUGCGGCAUGGAAGGCAAAAAAUUCAACUCUACUUUUUCAGUGGCUACGCCUCUCUUUACUCAUUGCGCUUCUUCGCGAUCCUACGUUGACCCUCACACCUAUGAGGACCCGAAUCAGGCGGUGAAAGAGUUCACCAAGGAAAUUGAUGCUUCACAUAUCACCAUUGAGGCCAUCAUUGGAGGAGGUGAAUUUGGCGAUGUAUGCCGUGGAAAACUCAAAGUUCCCGGUCGACCUGAGGUGACAGUGGCAAUCAAAACACUGAAGCCGACCACUGCGGAGAAGCCGCGACUUGACUUUCUCACUGAGGCGUCCAUUAUGGGUCAGUUUGACCACGCGAACGUCAUUUACUUGCAAGGCGUCGUCACCAAGACUAAUCCCAUAAUGAUCAUCACUGAGUACAUGGAGCACGGGUCGCUGGACGCAUUCCUGAGGGCAAACGAAGGAAAACUAUCAGUUUUGCAGCUCAUUGGAAUGCUUCGAGGAAUUGCGUCUGGCAUGGAGUACCUCUCUGGAAUGAAUUACGUGCAUCGGGACCUCGCAUGCAGAAAUGUUCUUCUAAAUAAGGCCUUUAUUUGCAAGAUUGCUGAUUUUGGUCUGUCAAGAGAGAUUGAUUCAACAUAUUCUACUGAAGGGGCGUACACUACCAAGGGUGGAAAAAUACCUGUUCGUUGGACUGCCCCAGAGGCAAUUGCUUUCCGCAAGUUUACCUCUGCCUCCGAUGUGUGGAGCUUUGGAAUUGUCUGCUGGGAAGUAAUGUCGUAUGGUGAGCGACCAUAUUGGAACUGGUCUAACCAGGAUGUGAUUAAAAGUAUUGAAAAGGGAUACCGAUUGCCACCACCCAUUGACUGUCCCGAAGCAAUCUACCAAAUAAUGCUCGAGUCUUGGAAAAAGGACCGAGCUCAUAGGCCGACUUUUAGCCAAAUUGAAAGGACGCUUUCCAAACUGACUCCCGAUAGCUUGGUCAAGUUGGCUCAGCAAGUGAUCAUAAUGGAUCCAUUUGCCGAAAAGAUACCCGAUGUGAUUCAAUUCAAGUCAGUAUACGAGUGGCUAGCGAGUAUCAAAAUGUCUCGCUACCAACCCAACUUUGAGCACUCUGGCCUUCUCAACCUGCAGGCAGUCUCUCGACUUAGCCUCCACGACUUGCAAAUCAUUGGGAUUGACAUGCCGAGUCACCAGAAAAAGAUCAUGAACAGCAUCUACGCCUUGAGAGCCCAGACAAACAUUGGCACACCGGAAGGCUUUCUCGUGUAG